GUCCGUCUUGUUGUGGUUCUCCAGACAACAAAGGCCCAUGCUUUUGAUUUCUUAUAACUUGAUUUCUCAUUAUAUUUCUUAUGGUUUCUCUAGGCAACAAGUAAGGUAUAGUAUAGUAUUCAUCAAGUUAGGCAUCAGGUAUCAUUGCACACAACAAUAUAUUUCUGCUUUCUUCUCCCUAACAUAUAAUAGAAUCAUAGGUGGAGUCUUGUCUUCUCAUUUCUCUCCAAUAACAAAGGAAUUUCUUCUCCAAAACCGUGCUCGAAAGGACCAAAACUCGAAUAUUGCAUUGUGCACCGUAGCUUGACGAGGGCUUAAGCGCUACACCAUCUUCGUUCGAAACAAAGGGAUUUGAUCUGCUAGGAGAGAGGAUUACAAAGCACAAGCAUGAAUGAGUUCAAUUCAGAAAGAUCAAAGGCAUGGAAUAUGUACACAGAUUCGCCCAAUAGCCCGCCUCAAGUGGGAGGUGACGGUGAAGGUCCAUGGAAGAACUUCGGGACAUCGAUGAACGCUAUAUCUUUUGGCUUUGUUGCCACGGCGGUCUUAAUAUCUAUGUUCCUUAUAAUGGCGAUAUUCGAACAUCUCUUCAGACCAAAUGCUUCAUUCCCUUUGCCACAACAUGGCACUCAUCGCUCUCCCGAGGACUCGAGGCCAAUGCACAAGCUCGUAAAUAAAGAACCACAUGUACAACCGACGUAUGUGUCAGAUUUUUCGGUUUUGAUGCCGGGGCAAGAGUAUCCUACCUACAUUGCACAUUCUGCACCUCUACCUUGUUCAAGGGAAGGAGUGCAUUGGCCUAACCAUCAUCAACAUAAUCAUGUGUUUCCUUGAGAAUGAUACAAUAGAAGUUGUUUCCUUGUACAUAAGGGUGGAUAUAACAAAUCACAAUAUUUUUCUAUCAUGGGUUAUUCUUGUAAGUUGAAAGUGUAAUGUUUCCUUUUUCAUAAAUUCUCAAACAUAUUUAUGAAAUUAA